GUGCGUCCAAUCUCCACCGCCGCCGGUUCGUAGGACGCGAUCCAUAUGCCGCCGAAAGCCCAACGACGCUGCACCACCGCAGUGGACAUCGACCGCAACACCACCCUAAUGGCGCCGAAGAAGAAAGGGCAAGCAAAGAGGCCCCGGUCAGCACCCAAGAUUACAGAAACCCCACUUAAUGACUAUGAACUGAAAAGGAUGAGAACGUGUCUUCAGAACAAUGCUAUGAUGCGACGGCUAGGGGUACCAGCAUUAUCCAGUAUUGUGUUUGGAAAUUCAGUUGCCCAGCGAGAUAGAGAAAAGAAUAAGGACAAUGAUGACCCUGACUUUGAUGCCAAUGCUGAAGAUGAUGAUCUCAGUGAGGGCUAUGUUAGUAAUGAUAGCCUAGUACCUGAGACUGAAGACCUACAGAACAUGAAGUCUGGACAUGAUUGCUUGAAACAUAAGCCUGCUACCAAGAAAUCCAAGAAGAAUACUGAGAAUGUAACCUCUGUGACUCAUCACGCCAUAGGGGGCAAAAGAGUUGUUGCACCAUUGCAACCUGGUAAAGUGACGAGGUCUAAAAAGCAUGUGGCACCAGAUGUUCUUGCUACACGUGAGGUUCUUGUUGCUGAUACUCAAGCUGAGAUCCCAAUUCAGGCUACAAGUGAGGUUCUCGCUGCUGACACUCAAGCUGAAAUCCCAAUUCAGGCUUUAAGCGAGGUUAAUGCUGCUCAUACUGAAGAAGGUGUUGGAUGGAACGAUGAUUGCCAGAUGGACACUACCCCCCACCUUGAUGAGCAUACUCUUGAUGACACCAACGUCAAUGAAAACGCAGAGGGUGAUUCUGAAGAUGCAGAAGCAUAUGAGGAGAGGUGGAUAAGGGGUCCUAAUGUAGGAAGAGGUCUUGAAAGGAUGUCCCGCUCAAAGAAGGGCAAACUUCCUGUGGUCAUUGAACCAGGUAAAAUGAGGCCAAACUCUGUGAAAAUUGCUGCAAAAUUUGCCACCGAGUGCAACAUUGCAGUCAGGAACCAUGUUCCCAUAUUCCCAAAAUGGAAGGAUUACAAGGACAACAAGAAACUCUUAAGGUUUUACAUCAACAAAGUUGGGUCAAAGUUUGAUAUGGACACAACUGCUGGUCCUGUGAGAAAGGCAUGUGUGGCAAUGAUGAAGAGAGCUGUUUGCCAGCAGCGACAUAAGCUCAAAAAGAAGUAUUUUGAUCCUUAUCCACUUCAUCUGGUGUUGAAAACAUCUCCUGUAACAUGCAUGAGUGAUCUUCAGUGGCUUCAACUUGUUGAACACUGGAAGGAUGAAAAAAAAAUGUUGAUUUGUGAAAAGAACAAAGCAAACAGAGCUAAAGUGCAGUUCCACCAGACAACUGGUUCUCGCAGCUAUGACAUGCACAUCAUCGAAUUGGGGGACAAGUACAAAGAUGCACCACCAAAUGGGCUUGAUUUGUUUAAAGAGCUCCACUGCAGCAAGAAGAAAGCCUUCGCUCCUGCUGUACAAUCAGCUAUUGCUGAAAUGGAGAUGAAGAUCGCAGAACCUGUUGAGGAUGGCUGUGAACCGAAGUCAGUGAAUGAUGCUGUUUCUGAAGUGCUUGCUGGCAAAACUAAGAAGAACAAAUUUCUUGUGAAUGUGGGGAUCAACAGCUUACCUGUCGAUUCCAGUGCUGGAAGUCGCCGCGAGCUACAAGCCGCACUGGUGGAGGAGAAGCAGACAUCAGCAGAUCUUAGGGAGCUAGUGAACAUUCAGCGCCAACAGCUGGAUGAGAUGGUGAAGAAAAUGCAGGCAGCAGAAGAAGAAAGGGCCAAGAAUGAUGAGGAGAUGAAGCAGAGGCAAGCCGAAACUGAUACUCUACUUAGGCGUUUGAUGGCCAUGAUUCCAUCGAGUCAGGCAAGAAUUUAAUGCUGUGUGGUAUGGUUGCUUUGGAUGGCUGCAUUUUGUUGAACUUGUGAAGUACACUCCUGUAGUGAUGCUUUUCUGGUGGAGCACAUUAUGUGCAGUAGACUCAUUCUAUGGUGAACUUGAACCUGUUUAGGGUGCUUGCUUUUGGUAUGAUACAGUGAUUUCAGUAAACAUGUAAGCAUACCGUGCUGAUGCUUCUAUGAUGUGAUGUACUAUUUUGGAGAUUUGAAUCUGUGGAUGUAUUUGAAUCUGUGGUGGUAUUUGGUCCA